CGCCGGAAGGAAGCGCCUGUGAGGGAGGCUCGGCUUGGCGUUGCCAGGGGACGGGUCGGGAGAAGCUCCCUGGAGUCCAAAUAAGUACAUAAAAUUCUUAUGGUCAGAGAGUGUUACAACUGUAGUCCAGCUGAAUUAAGAUGGAAGACUAUGAAACGUUCUGUAAGAAACAGCUUGCUCGACUCCAAGGGGCACCGGGGCCCGAAGGGACACCUCCACCUGCUCCGCACAAAAAACUUUCAGUUAUCCAGUUUAAUGGUAUUCCCGUGCUUUCUCCUCUGUUAACUCUUGAAAGGAAAAAGGAACUACAACAAGAUCGACAAAAAGCUCUGGAUUUAGAAUACUGCCGACGGACUUCUCAAAAAAGAAUUUUGUUGCAUCGCAUUCAAGAGAUUGUGGAAAAUGUACAGAUGAAGAAAUUGCCCAGUCUAGGUGACUUAGACCAGUCCACAACAGGCAACAUUCAUUUGGAUUUAGAAUCAAAAGGAUCAAGUGACUUUGUAACACAAUCAAGCAAUAUUUUGCCAUGUUCUAUUACUCCCAGUGUGCCCGUGAGGCCUAAAGGAGUACCAGUUGUUAGGAGAUUAGAUGCACAUGUUGUAUCAAGUGGGAACUCUCUAGAGGAGACAGAACAUUUUCUUUCUCAGAAACCAAAGGAUCCAUGUUCUAGUCUCUCUGAAGAAAGACCUUGCCCAGAAGGUUCGUUUUCCAAGCCAACUAAUGCAUCUCCCUCAAAUGAGGCUGCAAAGAAAGAUGGUGUUGAGACGGCAGCAGCUGAUGCAGAAGGCCCAGAUCCAUACACAAUGAGUCUUCAGAACCUCUUAAAAAAAUCUAAGGAGUAUAUACAGAGAGAACAAACCAGGCGUAGCUUGCGAACCAGUUCAAGGAGAAAUGGGAGUGAAAGCCAUUCAGAUAAGGAAAACGACUCUGUUAAAACAAGUGAUUUGAUGAAAGAGAGAGGAAAGUUAACGGGCAGGAGUUGUAUCACUACAGCACAUGACAAGUCAGGUUUUGCCAAAUCCAGUACUUCUCCACAAAGUAGCUCAGUCGCCAAAGCUAAUACAAGUCUAGUAGCAUCAGCCAGUUUUUCCAAAGUGGAUAUCCCAAUGAGGUCUGGAACACCUCCUGUUUUGGAUUCCGAUUCCGAUGAAGACUUUAGAAGUCCUUCAUUCUUUGAGCUUGGCAGCAACAUUUUCCGAAGCUUCACGGGCUCUUACUCCAAACUACCCAGUCCCGAGCCUAGUAUGAGCCCCAAAAUGCAUAGGAGGCGCCCAAGGCCAUCUUCGAUGGGGCACAUUGUUAUUACCAACCCUGUAAAUUCCUAUGAAUUAAGUCCCAAAGAAAAGGGGAAAGCUGUGGAGUUGGCCGUGCUGGGUGCUGGUGACAAGCGAACUCUGCCUGAUCCUGUGCCAAAAAUGGCUGAAGACUUUGCUUCCUUUUGUCCCAGCAGAGUUCAGGCUUCCCACAAGAGUUCUGCAGAAAUCGGUGAUGAAUUAGUGGCUACCAAACAGAAUCAGGCGUGCCAGCUUUCAGUUACGCAACAGGAGAACAAAAGAUUCUCGGCUUGUGCCUCUGAGGAUGGAAAGCUGACCUUAGAGAGUGAAGGGGGUUCAGGGGCUUCCUUUUCAAAUCCCAGUCCUGCCGAAGAGCAUCCAGGCAGCUGUCCGUUUACAACGCAAACCAAACCAAAUGCCAGCGGAGCUCAGCAAAUCAGUUGGCAGGACAAAGCCAAAUCUAGUGCCCCCACAGAACUCAAUAAAUCCUAUGAUGUAGAAACCCCAUCCCCCUUACUAACCCAAGUACAACAGAUGGAUACGCCAGGCGUAGCUCUUGGAAAAGAGCACGUGUUAGAGAAUGGGUUGGAAAAGGUGAAGCGGAGGCUUGAGCUCGAUAUGGAGAGCAUGCAGAAGGAAAACAGGCCUUGUGUUGCAAUAACAAAAAGUGAUGCACCAGAGACGGGAAGGCUCUGCAACCAGAGGUGUCCAAUGGGGUCUGCGUUCAGCAUGAAGAACGAAAUGCUUGAAAGAAGUGUCAGCGAUGAGGAAGCUGUAAAACAGAAGAUGCUGGCCUUGGAAGAACUGAAGAAGCAACUUGAAGAGCAGCAUGCUCAGCAGCUCUCCUUAUUGAUAGCUGAGCAGGAGAAAGAGCAGGAGAGGCUGCAGAAAGAAAUAGCAGAGCAGGAGCGGAGAAUAAAAAGGGAAAAAAUGGCUGUAGCUGAAGUGGAAAUUCCCCGUAUUACCAUUAGCAGUGGGAUCAAUUUGGAGUGGCGAAAGAUCAGCGAUACUCACUUGUUCGAAACUGUGGUGACUCGCAUGGAAACAAUUCAGAGCACAAACCCAGAGAGUGCUGGUUUUACUAAUACCAGCCUUUCUGGUUCAACUGCUGAAGCUCCAUUCUACCUUUGGGAACCAGCAACAAGUGGAAAAUCAGUUUCAGCAUCCAGAUCUAUUAACAGGAGUAAAAUGAGAUGGUCUCAGGUGUAUAGUCCUGAAAUGAAAAGGAAAUUGAACAAGAUCUCUGCUCUGGCAAAGGGUUUCCUAACUCGAAGACUCUUGCAAACGGAAAAGCUGAAACAUCUUAAGCAAACUGUAAAGGAUACAAUGGAGUUCAUUAAAAACUUCCAGUCAGAAGCUCCAUUAAAGAGAGGAAAUGUUUCAGCUCAAGAUGCUAACUUGCAAGAUCGGGUUGCUGCUCAGCUGCGAGCUGCAUUAUAUGAUAUUCACGAUAUUUUCUUCAAAAUUGAUGUGUCUGAGCGCAUGGGCAUCCUACAUCAUGAUCGAGAAGUUCGCAAAGAGAAAAUGCUCCGGCAACUGGAUAAGGCAAAGUCUUCAAGAGAAAAAGUGACGCUGUCUACGGCUACCCAGAAGUCUCUGGACAGGAAGAAAUACAUGAAGUAUGUUGGGAAAUGGGCUUCUGAAAUGGGAAUGCCAAAUAAAAAAAUGAUUGUGAAGCAAAAAACCCUAGAGAACAGAGUUCUUCAGCCAAAUCAAGGCCAGAAUGCUCCGAUUCAAAGACUCCUUUCCAGACAAGGAACCCCUAAGACCUCAGUGAAGGGGGCUGAGCAAAAUAGAAAGAAGCCCUCAGAAAGCAGAGUGUCUAACAAGGUCCUUUCAGGAGUAUAUGCAGGAAGAAUCCAAAGAAAGAAGCCAAAUGUUGUGACAACUUAAGAAGGCAGCAUUCAUUGGGCUAAAAGGAUGCUUGGCUUGUUCACCAUUCAUUCCGGUCUUCCUGCUGUUACCCACCCACCUGCAGCGUAUGCUGUCUUAUACUGUUCAGAUUUCUAAGAGAUGGCGGGUGGAAUGAAAAGAAUUACAGCCCAAUGAAUUCGGACUAACUUUGUAUUCUGCAUGUUUCAGUCAUCUCAUAAGUGUUUUUUAUUAUCUCUAAGACAAUAAUAUGCAUUGUAACUCUCAGGAAAAUUGGUAUUUGAUUUUAUGGGAAUAAGUCAACAAACUGGAGCCUAACUCACACUUCACAGUGUGCAAUAAAGACUCUUAAAAUGAAUAUUUAUAUUAAUAGCUGUCUGUAUAACUGUAUUUAUUUCAAAUGUUUCAAAAAGGAAAACCACUCAGUCUCAGCUGCACCUGGAUUCACACCUAUGGCUGCUUUGCAUCAAACAUACACAGUCUUGCUCUUAAUCACGUCAGUGCUAGUAAACCAGGAGGGCUAAUUUUUGGCAUUCAUUGCAGGUAUACUGACUUAUAUCUUUUGUGGAUAAUGAUAUUAGUCUUGCAGCAUGUGUUGAUUUUUCAUUUCUCCUGACAUGGUCUUGCUUUCCACAUUGUCAGAUAAAUGUCCUUUAAAAGUUACCACUCAGCAGGCAAAUUUGAAAGGGAAACUAGUCUGUGUCGUUUGUGGGUAAGGCAUCAUCCAAGUUUAUUGUUGACAGUCCCCACCCUUCCAAAAAGUGCAAAGUGGGAAUAAAAAUGUAGCAACAACUCAUUUCAGAGGCUUCUUUGGCCCACAUUAUUAUUUUUUAAAUGGGUAUCAUUUGUAUAUUUUUAAUUCAUUACACCUAAGCUUUAGAUAUCUGGUGGAGAGGAUACCCACAGUUCUUUUCUCACUGGAGAGGACUAUAGCCAAAUCCUUUCUGGUUUCUUCAUGCUAAUAUUACAAAAAGUUAUGUUAUAUCAUCUUCAUUUAACAUCCAGCAAAUUUUGUAAAAUGACAUUAGCCUUAAAUCUUCCAAGAUUUCCCAGAAAGCUACAUUCUGACAUUAACAAAGCCGGUGCAAGAAAAGAAACUUGUUUAUGUUACCUAUGCCUAAUGCUGCUUUAGAUAGAGGUUAAUUAUUUGGACCAUAGAAUGGAUUUAAAAGAUUUAAUAAAACAAAGCCAGGUUGAGGAAUGUUUAAGUAAUUUGCCAGUUGAUGUUAGUCAACAGUUCUGUUUGUGAGUAACAUAUUCAGUGCUUAGAGAACAUAAUUAUAUGAAAGCUAAAUUGUUAAUGUAACAUUUUGUUAAUGUGCUACAUUUUAGUUUUGUACCUGGCAUUGUUACACUUUUGGUUCAAACUCUUACUCAGCAAAAACCGAAAAAUUAAAAUUCAGUGAAGAAACUGGGGAAGUUAAUACCUCUUAAUGUAUAUGAGAUAGCUGUAAAUCUCCAUUAUAUAGAUCUUCUAACACUUUUUAAAAUAUCAUACAGAAUUUUAAACUGAUAUUCAGGAGGAGGAUAUAGCAAAAUCAGUGCAAGUAGAGCAUGGUACAGAUUUUAAAAACUCCUGAGCAAUUCUGUGGCGUAGUAGUAUCUCUUAACAAAAUAAACCAAAAUAUCUUUUUUACCUAAGUUUCUUUUGGUCUAGCAAGCAUGCUGCUGUAGACAGCUUGUUUGCAGCUUGCUUCAUGCAAACCAAUAAAUCAAACAUGAAAUGCAAACUUCUGUAUACUACCUGGGUUUAUGAGAAGAGGACUGAAGAUAAGAGUGAAUUAGUUGCUCAUUCACAGCAAACUAAGAUAAACCAGUUUAUUCUUGUUGAUUUUCAUGAGCUUUUGCAGGCUGUGUGUUAAAAGGCUCAUUUUAGCUAACUUAUAACAACAUAGUGCAAGCAUGUUCUCAAGUAACUAAUUUAUUUGAUUCCUAAAGAGUUUUUAGAUUUUACUUUUGGUUCUCAUUGCAUGACUUGAAUAUUUUCCUUAAAGGUAUGAAGUAAAUGCCAACAUGUUAAAAUGCAUCUUAACUUGUAGAUGUUGCCUUUAGGAUUAGAAAUAGCCUACAAUUUUCUUGAUGUGUCAGUGCUAAAAAUGCUAAAGCUUGUUUGUUGUGUGCUGCUGUGUUAACUUAGGAGUAGACUGUAUACUGUAUAAGUAGAAACAAGUUUUUAAAUAUAAGCCAAUGGCUUCUUUAAAGUAUUCUGAGGAUACUUUUUUUAUUUUACAGACUGUACUAAAAUGUCAAGUGUUAAAAUGUUUAAAUGUCAAGGCCUUCUAUUUAUAAGUGCCAGGAUCUCUUUUGUAAUUUCUUGUGCUUUGUAUUUAUUUAUUAACUUAUUUCUUGGUCCACUUUUUUAUUUUGUGUGGAAUGCAAUAUAUCAUGAAGCAUACAGUAU